AUCUGUUUACGUUUCUGCUCGUACUCGUACCAAAACUUUCAUUCUGCUCUUCUGAUCUGAUAGACACUUUGUCAGUCAUCUAUUAUUGAAACUUGAAAAAGAUUUGUUGCAUUCAAUUAUAUUGUAAUAAUGCGAUGCUAGUUUUGUGCAAUGGCUAAAGCCAAAAAGAGUAAUCACCUUGUGUGGGCAAGUUUACUUGUCGUGAAUUUUUGGCUCGCGAAAUGCUCCGGUUUUGAAAAUUUGGACGUCUACAGCUACAAAGAUGGGGUUGGAAAAACCAUGGUAGUUACCAGACCAGUCUCUGAAAAUGAAAAUUCGGAAAAAAGCGUUCAUGUCGAGAAACGAUCGGUCCCUUACCUGAAUUCCAAAGGCAGCAAUAUAACAGCACAGGUCUACCCUCUGCACGAUUCGCACCAACAGCUGAUGGUCCACUGGGCAGGCGAGGGCUCCAAUGUCAUCUUCUGCCUGGCACGUGACGCCCAGGGCGACAUCUUUCUGAAGCCCUCUGCUGUGUACAUCUCGUUCGACUACGGUGACACGUUUGUCAACAAAACUGAGGCCUUCCGGCUGGCACCGGCCGAUCCCCCACUCUACGCCACCGUUGACAAGUUCUACACACAUCCAAAGUUUAACAGUCAUUGCGUGUUUGUGGAUAAGCUGAACAAGUACUUUUUUAUGACUUCGGAUUAUGGGAAGACCAUUGAUAAAGUUGCAGUCUCCUUCAGGCCCAACGAGAUUCUCUUCUACCCGCUAAAUCCGAUGAGGAUUCUCGCUUCCGAUGAAAAUAAAAAUCUGUGGAUGAGUGACGACUUUGGUCAGUCGUGGACCCAGCACGAUCAGAACGUGAAGUCGUUCGCUUGGGCUGCCGGUCUGCGCGCGCAUGGCAGGGGCAUCGUUGAGGAGCAGGAGGGAGAGGAGGGGCUGAUGGAGGAGGGAGGGGAGAUACCGCUGGUCAUCGAGAGAGAGGAGGCGACUAACUCGAGCAAGGUACUCCUGGUCAGCGGACAUCAAUGGCGAACUUCGUUGACAGAAGAUGUGCAAGAUUUAGAAUGGCGAACUGCCAUUAUAGAUGACGUGCUAGAUUUACAAGUGAAGGCUGGCUUUUUCUUCGCCAAAAAACAGGGCAACAAGAAGAACCUAGACCUCUACGUGAAAUACAAGAACGAGGACUUUGUGAAAGCUGUUUUCGACACCAAAUACGAUCUACUCAAUUACCAAGUGGUCGAUGUAACGGACAAACGGAUCAUGGUGGCCGUGAGUCACACGCCGACGCUGGCCAAUUUGUACGUGGCUGAGUGGGACAGCGACAAAGUGGCAGGCGACAAAUCGCUGCGUUUCAGGUUGUCUCUGGAGCGUGUUUUCUGCUACGUUCACGGUCACAUGUGGACUGAUACCUGGCUGAGCGAUGUGGUCGAGAACUCGUUCACUGAUUUUCACAAGGUCAACGGACUCAAAGGCAUCUAUAUUGCAUCGCAGGUCUCCGACAAGUAUCAGAUGCAAAAGGGCAACAUAGGUCCUGAACACCUGGAAUCGGUGAUCACAUUCAACUGGGGUGGAGACUGGCGCAGACUCACUCCGCCCGCCCUGCACGCAGACGGCACCCCAUACGAUUGCCAGACCAACUGUUCGUUGCACCUGUCGCAGGAGUUUAGCAAACUGCAUCCGGUGAUGCGAGCCAUGCCAAUACUGUCAAGCAAGUCGGCGCCUGGUCUCAUUGUGGCUGCCGGAGUUGUGGGCACUUCCCUUAAAGGUCACAUCGGCGUGUUCCUGAGCCGCGACGCAGGUUUGACGUGGCACCAUGUUCUGAACGAGUACCACCUGUUCAACAUGGGCGACCACGGAGGAGUCAUAACGGCUGUUCGAUCCAACAAGUUCGCAAGGGCCAGUCCCUCCAACAAACUGCUCUUCUCAACUGACGAAGGUGAAAAUUGGAAGUCAUUGGCAUUCAACGAGGAUGAGUCACUGCACAUCUAUGGUCUGAUGACAGAGCCUGGUGAGAAUACAACCAUUUUCACCAUGUUCGGUUCGGGAGUCACACAACAUCGUUGGCUCAUCAUUAAGGUCGAUUUGGCGGGAGCGUUCGCGUACAACUGCAGCGCGGAUGAUUACAAGCAGUGGUCACCGAGCAGCGAGGAUGGACCUCAUAUGCCCUGUGUGUUGGGCAAGAAGGAGACAUACCAGCGUCGUAACCCGCACUCCAACUGCUACAAUGGCCGCGACUAUGAUAGACCUGUCAACAUGGAACGAUGCAGGUGUCAGGUGGAGGACUUUGAAUGUGAUUUCGGUUUUGAGCGGAAAGACAAGAUGCCGAUUUGUGUGCGAAAUAAGAAGGUGUUGCCAACCUAUUACGAGACACCCGCCAGCUGCAGGGAGGGCGAGUUCUUCAACCGCACUCGUGGAUACAAGAAGAUCAAGGAUGAUGAGUGUCAAGGAGGUGAAGAAGACUUUCUGCCCGACCUGAUCCCGUGUCCCUACAGCGAGGUGAAAGAUUUCCUUCUGGUAGCGCAGAAAACACGCAUCGUUCGCUACGAUCUGAGCAAUUUGAGAGCGGAACCGCUUCCCUUGCCUAGGAUGAAGAACGUUGUAGCGAUCGAAUUCGACGUGGAGAAUGACUGCGUUUACUGGGCCGAUAUCAGCAACAGUUCGAUCCAGCGGCAGUGUCUCAAAGGCGAGAAACCAGUUGAGACGCUCGUUGAGUAUGGCUUGUCGUCAGUGGAGGGAAUGUCGUUUGACUGGCUCACAAACAUGUUGUACUUUGUGGACGGAAUUCGCGCCAGGAUUGAGGUGAUUAGGACGGAUAUCAGCAACGCGGGACGUAUGAGGAGGAAGAUCCUGGGACCCAAGGAGCUGAAGAAACCUAGAGGAAUUGCGGUGCAUCCAAUGAAAGGUUACCUGUUCUGGACGGAUUGGGCGAUUGGCCAUCCGAGUUUGAGCCGCGCCAACACAGACGGCAGUCAUGUGAAACAGCUGUUCUCUUAUCCGGACGUUAUUUGGCCGAAUGGUGUCACCAUAGACUUCCAUGCGCAGCGGAUCUACUGGGUGGAUGCUAGAGACGACUAUAUUGGAAGCGCCGAUUUGGAUGGCAAGCAUUUCUUCAAGGUGUUGUCCAAGGACACGAGAGUGGCACACCCUUUUGCAGUGGCCGUUUUCAAGGGCAGUAUGUACUGGGAUGAUUGGAAGAUGGCGUCAAUUUUUGUCGCCGACAAGGAUCACGGAGUGGGAAUACAACAAGUGGCUAUGGAUCCUCAGGGACUUAUGGACAUGAAGGUUGUAAGCUCCGACUACAGAGUGGGCCACUACAAAUCGGACGACUUUGCCUGCUUGGGCCAACACGACUGUUCGCACCUGUGCUUCAACCUGCCGGGCAAACAGCACACGUGUCUAUGUCCCGAUGACCUGGUCCAGUCGGGCAACAUGUGUCUGUGCGAAGGCACACGUGUCGUGCCCUACCCGAAUAGCACGUGUCCCCCGGUCGACAAGACCUGUUCCGCGUUUCAGUUCAAAUGCGCCAACCAGCUGUGUAUCAGCAAAAAGUGGAUGUGUGAUGGCGAUGAUGAUUGCGGUGAUGGAUCCGAUGAGGCGAUGUGCUCAGUGAAAACAUGCCAACCUGACCAGUUCAGAUGCGGGUCGGGCCACUGCGUGCCGCGCGCCUGGAGGUGUGACGUGGACGUGGACUGCCCUGACGGCUCAGAUGAGCGCAACUGCACCUACACUCUGUGUACCAGCGAACAGUUUCAGUGUCGCAACAAGCGAUGUGUCUCAAAGAGAUGGCUGUGCGAUGGUGAUAAUGACUGUCACGACGGUUCGGACGAAGAGGCGUGUAGUCGGCCCCCCUCGGGACCUGGCCACGCCCCCGGCCAGGAAACCUGCCCCCCAGGCACCUUCACUUGCGGCAAGCCUUUCCACCAUUGCCUGCCACUCAGCUGGCAAUGUGACGGAACGCCUGACUGUCGCGACAACUCAGACGAGGUAAUGACAUUCAUAUGGCUGUGCGAUGGUGAUAAUGACUGUCACGACGGUUCGGACGAAGAGGCGUGUAGUCGGCCCCCCUCGGGACCUGGCCACGCCCCCGGCCAGGAAACCUGCCCCCCAGGCACCUUCACUUGCGGCAAGCCUUUCCACCAUUGCCUGCCACUCAGCUGGCAAUGUGACGGAACGCCUGACUGUCGCGACAACUCAGACGAGCUGAACUGCGACACCCAGGAAUGCUCCAGUUGGCAAUUCAAGUGCGCGCGCACCAAGCGAUGCAUCUUCGAAUCGUGGCGGUGCGACGGAGAGAGUGAUUGUGGUCUCAAUGACAAGAGUGACGAAGAAGGAUGCAAUGCAACUGUGCCUGUCAGGAAUAGCUCCAUCCCUGUCCCUCCUGCAGCCACGGGGCCACCGCUUGCCUGCUCCAACACUUUCACGUUUACCUGUUCAGACGGAAGGUGUAUACCGUUCUGGUGGAAAUGUGAUGGUGUAAAUGACUGCGGCGAUAACGGCGACGAAAUCGGCUGCGGGGGCGGUACGGGCGGCGACAGCGGUGCCACCACCACGGCGACUCCCCCCCAGACCAACCCCCCGGCCACGCCCAGCCGCACCUGUCACGACCUCGAGUUCGCAUGCAGCAGCGCAUUCGGCGGCUCAGACGCCAAAGGUGCAGACGGCGACGUCUGCAUUCCCGAGUCGUGGGUGUGCGACGGCCAACGUGACUGCCGUGAUGGCGACGACGAGGCACAUUGUGACGGACGUGUGCAGUGUGCGCCCUACCAGAACAAGUUCAAGUGUCGGCAGGGCGGAGAGUGCAUCUAUUUGUCGCAGGUUUGCGACGGCGUGGUGAACUGCGCAGACAAAUCGGACGAGUCGAUGUGUAAUGGAGGGGGAAGCGGGGAGGUGGUGCCCACCAUAGCUGGGCCCAGCUGCAGUGUGGGCAUGUUCAGCUGUGAUGAGAGCACAUGUCUGCCAUUGGCCUCACUCUGCAACGGACACCAGGACUGCUAUGACGGCAAAGAUGAGGAAGACUGUCAUAACACCAGUCGCAUCUACCAGGUGCUGGACAUAGGUGUAGACGAGCGCAGUCUGAACGCAACCAGUCUCCGCAUUUUCUGGUGGACCCCCUACCCUCAAAAUGUCAAAUUUGAGUUUCUGCCCUCGUGGCAACCCCUGGACCCCCCCUCGAACGAUUGGUUCAACUGCAGCUGUGGCUGGGUUAAUGGGUCCGAUCAGCUGAUUACGGGCCUCAGACCUUUCUCCAAGUACAACUUCACCGUCUACCUGAGGGUACAAGGUCAACCGGAAAGCACGGUACAUCCGCCCGCCAAGUAUAUUGUGGCUACUACCACAGAAGGCGUGCCAGACGCACCAUGGCAAGUGCAUGUGGUGCAAAAAAGCGGAAACCAGGUGGAGGUGAGCUGGCAGGCGCCCCAUCGCCCCAAUGGACGCCUGCAGGGGUACAUAGUGUAUGCGACCCCCCCUUUGCCACCCCUCGAGCACCACUCCUCACCCAACACAACCUCCACCACAAUUACCUCUUUCUUUAUGGCUGAUGUCGCGUAUUCGUUCUGGGUGGUAGCCAAGAACGGUCAAUACGAGUCUCGCAAAUCGGAGGUUAAAAAUUUGUGGUUCGAUGGCUCAGCCGUGUUGCACCGUGUGAGUGGCCUCCAUGCUACCUAUGUUGGGGAGACUGCCGUGUCACUGGCAUGGGACAGGAUUCCUCAGGUGGAGGGCUACAUAGUAAGGGCCCUCGUUGGGGUGCCAUACCCCCAAAAACCUGUUAACCGGACCAAGGAUGCUGAAAUUACAUCAUUCAUUGCCUGGACUAGAACUAUUCUUGUAGAGAAAAAAAUUGAUUUGAUGCUUUGUGGUCAGGUGGUAGCCAAGAACGGUCAAUACGAGUCUCGCAAAUCGGAGGUUAAAAAUUUGUGGUUCGAUGGCUCAGCCGUGUUGCACCGUGUGAGUGGCCUCCAUGCUACCUAUGUUGGGGAGACUGCCGUGUCACUGGCAUGGGACAGGAUUCCUCAGGUGGAGGGCUACAUAGUAAGGGCCCUCGUUGGGGUGCCAUACCCCCAAAAACCUGUUAACCGGACCAAGGAUGCUGAAAUUACAUUAUCCAACCUGGCACCGAGAGUAGAGUAUACUUUUGAAGUAAGCGCAUACAAGAUGCUUUAUGAAGGAACACCAGCAUCCGUACUUGUUACUACCCGAGGGUAUGAGCUGCCGACCGUGCGUAAUUUGCAAGUUGAACUGGUGAACGGAGGUGGCAGUGUAAAUCUGGUGAACUUGUCAUGGGACAGAGUGGUCAGUGAAUCCUAUAUGGAGCCAUUCUGGGACUAUGGCGUUUACUAUGGUCUCGAUCUCAAGUCGCUUUUCACCAAUGGACCACAAGUGAUAACGCACAACUUUUCGAUCGAAGUGCAAGGCUUGGCGGCGUGCGAAUCCUACGUGUUCGACGUGGGAGUGGUGGGACCUCGAGGCACUGGCCCACUCUCCGACAACCCCAAGACCGUUCUCACCCAUUUCGACGAGAUGGCGCCGCCCAAGAACCUCAAGGUCUCCACGCCUGAGUGGGACGAAAUGGUCAUGCUGGUCAGCUGGGAGUCCUCAUGUCCGGUCAUGAGUGCGCCUGUGUCCUAUGUGGUAUCAGUGACCGAAACAACACGCAUGAACACAUCCAUAACCCUCCCCCCAACUACCAACACCACCCUCUCCAAGCCGAUCAGGAUCUUUUCGGGCGGUCGAUACAGGGUGUGCGUCACCAGCCAUCCGUCACCGUGGAAGAAGCCAAGCGAAACAGGACCGAAGGCGGGCGAAGCGGGGCUGGCACGGGUGCAGCCCGGCCCGUGUGCCUAUCACUACAGUAUGCCUCUGCCCACCCCAACCCAGUUGACUGUGUUCAGUCUCAUAAAUGGUAGUGUCUUUGUCUACUGGAAAGAGGUGGAGCAGCAGACUUAUUUCAAAACCUCGAACUAUGUGGUGCUAAUGAUGAAAGGAGUGACUGUCUGUGACAAUCUGAGAGCGCAACGCUUCUCUGUGUUAGCUCCGCCCUUGGUCCUAGAUGCGCUAGAGCCAGGCACCUACUGUUUCGCCGUGCAACUGUUCACUACUGACGGAUUCUCAUCUUCCAUCUCGGAUUCUAUCUCUUAUGAAUCCGAACAGGGUUUGACUAGGCGUGUCACAAGCCGAGCUAGCAGGCAAAGGAGGGGAAGGGGAAGAAGAAAGAGGGGGAAGCAUGGUGGGGGGUAUAGGCCUAGUGAGCCUGCUAUUGAUGAUAGCCGCCCUGGUUCGGCGCUGGCAUUCUAUGUCUACAAGAGUCGACGGCUGCAGACUAAUUUCACACGCUUUGCAAACAGUCACUACAACACUCGUUCUGGAUCGGCCACCUUCUUAGCUGCUAAUAGCACUCUAGAUGAUGAAGAUUCUCCAGUUAUCCGCGGAUUCUCAGAUGACGAGCCCUUAGUUAUUGCUUGAGAGACCAGCAGCUAUUGCUAAGCAACUAAGCAACUAUAGUUGCCUUCCUAAGCAACUAGGAGGCCACAAUAUUAGCCUAUCUAAGCUAGAUGUUGUCUCAGUCAUUCAGCCUAUAUUUAUAUUAAAUAGAGAAUAAACCUGUAACAUAAACUGUGAUAAAUCUUUUACCGAAGCUAUGAUUAAGUUACUUUCUCUUCUGUAAAUUAUGUUUCGGCAUCGCUAGGGGUGCUUGGUAGAUUGCUGAAGAAUCAGUUGGCCGUAAAUCCAGUUGUCUGACAAACUAUUUGGAAUAUCUCCAGGGGUGUAUAAUGAUUGAUUGACAAAUCAACUCGAAGAUAAUACCAGUUAUCCGACAAAUCAGUAAAAUUUGUUUCAAAAUCAAUUGAGGUGCACUAUGAUUGAUUGAUGCAUUAAUUCGCCGGUAUUACCAGUUAUCCGACUGAUCAGUAGAAUUUGUUUCAAAAUCAAUUGAGGUGCACUAUGAUUGAUUGAUGCAUUAAUUCGCCGGUAUUACCAGUUAUCCGACUGAUCAGUAGAAUUUGUUUCAAGAUCAAUUGGGGUGCACAACGAUUGAUUGACGCAUUAAUUUGACAAUCAAUUUAGUUACCGGACAAAUAUAAAUGAUCAUCUAAACAAUGACAGAUUCAAUCGAUUUGAUGGUAAUUAUUGUUGUCAAAUCAAUGUUAAACUAUUGUAACUCAAUUAGAAUCGAACAGUUGGAUUUUUGGCGAAUAAGUUUGUCGGAGAAAUGGUAGGCACCCUCAUUUCAGUAUGAUUGAAUUUGUUUGAAGAUUUAUUGUAUUAUAUUCUGUAAAUUGUGUUUCACAGUUGUAGGCCUAUCUAUAAUGUAUUCUUAUUAAGUCUUGUGUUUCAUGGACUUUUAUUAGACUUAUGAUGGUCCAAUUUCUACUGACUUUAUUCCAAAAUUUCAUACUUUCAUAUCUUAUCUAUGACUGAUCAAUGUCUGUGUUAAAUUAUUCUCAAAAUAAUUCUUUCUAUUAUUUGAAUUUUUUUAAUACAUUGAACUUUUCUAUAUUCUUACAUGAAUAUUUUAAUAUAUUGAUCUACAAAUCUGACUUGAAGGGUUGUAUUUGGUGCAUUUUGAUUUUGUGUUAAGUGAGUUUGCAUGUCUUAUCUUAUCUUACAGUUAUAAAAUAUUUAUUUUAAAAAUAAUUGAUACAUAUAAUUUAGUUUCUAGUAUUUACAAGUAGCUUCAUCAGUGUGAAUUUGAGUUAUUUAAUUUUAAAUUCAAACACCAUCUAUUUUAGUUAUUAGCUUUUGUUGUUGAUUGAUACAAUGCCAUUAUUUCAUUCAUCAAAGAAUCGACUGUUUCAUUUAUUUGAUUUUUUUGUCUUAGAUUAUUUAUUAUUGUUGUUUUGAUUAUUAUUCUGUUCACCAAGUGUUAUAAUUAUUUUGGUUCAAUUUGGAUAUGAAUAAACUUGGAUGAAAUGGAGGAAUCAUGAAUGUUCCAGAAAUAAUUUACUAAUAUGUUUAAUUUAUUCAUGUUCUUUCCGAAGAUUAUUGACAAAUUUGAGUCAAGUUAUGGAAUUUGAGACAAUUCAUUGAUGACAAUUUCCGAAACUAACUUCAACAAAAAUUAUAUAUUUUCAGAAGUG